GAGCGGGGGGGGGGAGUGAGGCGAUCAACAUGGCGGCGCCCUUGAGAGCUUGGAAUCGGCUUUUGCUGUUGUCGGGGAACCAGAGGCCUGCAUUGUCUCGUUCUGCAUUUACGGCAAGCAAGGAAGAUCUAAAUGAACCUGAUUGGAUUAAAGUUGGUCUGACAUUUGGUUCCACAAUAGCUGUAUGGGUUCUGCUCUUAAAACAGCACAAUGAACUUACUAUAGAAUAUGAAAGAAGAAAAGCAGAGAGUCAGUCAGUGGUUGUCCCAAAUAAUGAGGGUUGAAGGUGUCCUCUUAAGAAGCUACUGCAGUCAAAGCAUACUGUACAAAGUGAUUACUAAUUUAAGAUAAUCCAUUAAUUAACGGAUUCUAAAUUGUAUUAUCUUCCUGAAGUAAAACAGUGACAAGAAUGAGAAGUAGUGGAAGUGGUCAUGUUCUAUUUGGUCGCUUUUGAAGUUUAUAAAUAAAAUCUGUUAUGCUUCUGUGUAA